AUGCCAGACCAUGUUCACACAGGUGACUCAACCAAGUCCCUUGGAUAUCAAGUAGGGCUGUUCAGUAUCAAGCCAAAAUCAAUCAGCAAGGUUCCCAAGCUGGGGAAGAAAGAAGCAGAAGGAAUUUUCCAGGAUUAUACCCAAGCAGAAAAAUCUUUUUUAUUUAUUGGUGCUGAUGGGACAAUUGAGCCACAUUAUGGGGAUAAUAGUGUUAAACACAAGCAGAGGGUCAUGAGAGUUUUGAAAGAUCUUGCUGCUAAUCUCAAUAAUCAAGUUUGGCUAGUAACCUCAAAGGAAGUAUCAGAACUUGAAACUACCUAG